GAGGUGCUUGGGAAAGACUUCCUCAAAAGUUCCCUGGCUUGUGAGUAGAACUUUCUCUAUGAGCAGCUGGUGGCUGCAGGGGAUUCAGACAUGUUUCUAACAACGGAUAAAAGUUACAUCUGAAUAUGACCUGAUGCCAACCAGUGUCUUCUGUGGAUUAUACUCUUGGACAAAUAUGGAUCGGACGACUCAUCUAAGAUCUUCAGAUGGAAUACUGAGAGCAUAACGCCUACUCAGUGACAGAAGCAAAUUGUGAUCCCCAAGGGGCAAGCUUGGCGAGCACUCCUCCACUAUGAGGGACCGCUUGAAGGAGUUACAGGAAAGGGCUCAGGAGUUUCCUGAUACAAGAAGUGUGAGUUCUGACCCCACCAGUGAGGAGGAGGGUGACAUUGACAACUCUGUGGUGGUCGGGGUCAUAAGACCAGAGGCUGUGCUGUUUGAGGAGGAGCCAGUCAUUGACAAUUUCCUGUCUGAAGCUCAGCAAAUCCGAAAUGACAUCACCGCACUGGAGACAGAGGUGCUUAAAUUCAGCCAACAACAGAAAGUGCUGGUCGCAACUAUGCGGCGUUUUAGCAUCAUGAAGAAGGAAAGCAGCAUCACGAGGGACAUCAAGCUCCAAGCUGAGAGCCUCCACCGACGCCUGGACGCUCUUUCCAAACAGGUCCAAAAAACAGAAGAGCAGCAGGGACCUGCCGCCGCUGCAACAAGAAUACAACGUUCCCAGCAUGCGACCAUGUACUUCCAAUUCCAGCAGGUAAUGCGACAGUAUAAUGAAGGAUUGUUGACAAAGCAGGAACGCUGUAAGCACUUCAUUAUCCGGCAGCUGGAGGUCUCAGGAAGGGAUGUGACAGAAGAGGAGGUGAACGAGAUGGUAGCAACAGGAAAAUGGGAAGUCUUCAAUGAGAACUUGUUAAAUGACGCCAGAAUCACUCGCUCACAACUGUCUGAGAUCGAACAGCGGCACAAGGAGUUGUUGAGCCUUGAGAGCAAUAUGAAGGAGCUGAGGGACCUCUUCAUGGACGUUUUCAUGCUUGCAGAGGAACAAGGCACCUACAUUGAGCACAUUCAGACCAAUGUAGAAAGGACCCAGGAUUACGUGGCAGCCUCUAAUGAGAAGUUCAAGUUGGCCGCCAGGUACAAGAAGAAGAACCCUCUUCGUCAGAUCUGCUGCUGCUGCUGCCCUCCCUGGAAAUGCUGCUUGUGAUGUUUUAUGAAUUCGGAUGGAGUGCUGGUAUUUAAAAUGUCUCACCUGUUGGGAGUAAACAACAUUGGAUUCAAGUGCUAUUAAAGUGAAGGUUAGGGUACUGCGAUCCUUGCUGUUGAACACAGCAAUGGUGAAGACGGAUUCAGCAGAGCAUAGAAAACAAUUAAGGGGGAGGCCAGGAAUUGGUAUUUGAGGCACUUAUUUCUUUGAAGAGAGUGUGAAGUGACUGCUAUUGGAAGAGACAGUUCACUGAGUGCUCCUCACCAACAUGGCGGUUUAUUGGAGACCUUCACUGUCAACUGAUAGAGGUCACAAACAAGACUACUACCUCUGCAACUGUCACUGCUUCAUCACAAAUUCCAUUGAUCUGAACUUUUUUUUAAUGUCUUCCACAAGCACCAGUCUUUUUUUUAUGUUAAGACAUUGCACAUUCAGCUGAAGCUCAAAACUACUGUGUGUAGUUGAAGGACAUUGCAUAUAUGCAGUCCUCCCCCCACAAUAUUGCGGGUUGAUUAUCGCUCCCUCACUAUAUCACAUUGUUUUACAAAUUAAUAAAUUUUUAAAUGACCGCUGUUUCGUGGUCGACUAUGCUUUAUUAUUAGUCAAAACAUAUUGAAAUACAAGUGAUAUGUAAUAUUCUGGUUACUAGGCGGGGCCGCACGGUGGCCAAGUGGUUAGCAUUUUGGCCACACAGAUCGGGAAGGUCUGCGUUUCUGAGUUUGCAUGUUCUCCUCAUGCGUGCGUGGGUUUUCUCCGGGUACUCCGGUUUCCUCCCACAUUCUAAAAACAUGCAUGUUAAGGUUAAUUGGCGACUCUAAAUUGUCCGUAGGUAUGAAUGUGAGAGUGAAUGGUUGUUUGUCUAUAUGUGCCCUGCGAUUGGCUGGCGACCAGUCCGCCUCUUGCCCGAAGUCAGCUGGGAUAGGCUCCAGCAUACCUGCAACCCUAGUGAGGAUAAGCGGCAGAGAUGGAUGGAUGGUUAAUAGGCGGCAGUAAUGACAGAAAAUAUUGAGACAUUACCUUACAUGACAUUACCUUAACACUGCAUGAAAUCAGCCAUGGCAUGUCCGACAUAAUUAGAGUGAAACAAGGUUCCCCUCCCAUUCCGUGUGGAAGUGGUAAGUUUUUGGCUUCUUAAGUUGAGAAGAAAUACAUUUGAGGCUUACUGGUGAGCUCGCUAGCUUGUUAGUUCUCUAACUCGCUAGCUAGUGGCUGUCUGGAGUCCCUGCAGCAUAAGAGUUGAGCAAUGUGUUGUAAACAAAGAAUAAUAGUAUAAAGGUGACUAUAUAGCUGUCAUUUUAUGUCUACAGGGAUCUAAUAAUGUUAAAAACGGCCAGAAAUAGGUUUUCUAUGCUCUACCUAUGAAAAUAUUCCAUUUAUUAACAUUGAAUCCUAUAUUGCGGAAAUUCAUUUAUCGUGGUCAGGUCUGGAACCUAUUAACCGCUAUAAACAAGAGCCGAUUUUAUAGGUAGGUGUGGGGUACGUUUGGUCCAGAUGCUGAUGGAUGCUUAUCAAGAGGCGUAACGGAUGCCAGCUGGAGCAACAUCUUAAAGGGAUAGUUCGGACAUGAAGUUGCAUGACAUCCCCAUCAGCAGUGUAGUCCACUAACAGUGACUUACCCCGCACUUGGUCCCGUGAGCCCAUUUCUGGUCGAAUUUCGGUGAUGAGAAACAUAGUUCCGGUUAGUUAUUGGGGUUACUUAAGUAAAGAGUUUGGCUUCUCAAAACAAUAUACGUUCCAAAGAGUAACACGUUUGCAUGACAAAAAAUCCAAACUAUCCCUUUAAGAGUGGCGCCGGACGGUCUGGGCUCUUAGCUCGAGGGCUAGAGCUUUUGAUUCUCAUUCUGCGGACCUUGUUUUGAGGCCGUGGUGGAGCUCGGGGCUGGCUGAAUCAGGCUGGUUAUGGAGGCAUGGAUGCUUAAAGUCUGAUGAUGCAGUUCAAUAAGUUGAACAUCCCGGCAGUCGUACAAGAAUUUUAGCAACAUUUUUGGAUAAGGACUGAAGUCGCAAGAAAACUGGAACAAACACAUGUAUGACCACAUGCACCUUGCAAAGAAAAUUGUGACACUUAAGCUCAGUAAGCAUCUAAAGGCUCAUUUAGCCAUUCUGUUUAACAAUGUCACACCCCGGCAAAUUCAUAUUUUUUUGUCAUGGAUGGUAGGUAGAACAGCAUGAGUAACGUCCAAAUAUGUCUCCGAAACGACGGCUUGAGUAUGAAUAACAUCAUCUUCAUGCAGCCCAGUUUACUGAACAUUGAACGCCUGAGUAAUGUCUAGUGUUGGCAGUCACAGAACCAGAAAUUGAACUCAGUACAAUAUGGCUAGGAUGACAAUAGUGAUAAAUGAGUGUGUUGCACAUUAGGCUUUACGAGUGUACGAGUGGUAUAAAGCCUAAACACGUAUUCAGUGCCACACAACAGUGUGAGUACAAGAUGUAUUGAUGUUACGUUUUUACAUGAUUAACUUAUUUUUUUCAAUUGUGGCUGUUUAGAAUUUUAAAAUGUUAAGAAAUUGCCUUUUAUGACAGCGGGGAAGACUUACUUGAUCCUGUGAUGAUUUUGUAAUAACCUUACAAAAAAAUGAACAGUCCAUAUUUUUUAUGAUGUUUAUUUUAACAUAGAGAACAUUAAAGGUUAUGGAUUAAUUACAACUAUUAAUUGAUGAUUAAUCAAUUAUCCGACCAACAACUGUUUUGGUAUUUGAUGAAUCAUUUUUUGGCUUAAAAAUGUAAAUGUCCUCAGAUUUCAGCCUCUCAAAUGUGAAUAUUGUUAAAAUUGCUUGAGUCAUCCAUGAAAGCAGACCUUUUAUAUUUGGGUUUUAGGCAAAACAAGAUAUUCACACACAUCACUUUUGACUUUUGCAAAACAGUGAUCAACAUUUUUGCCUCUUUUCUGCGGACCAAACCACUAACUGUUUGUGUUUGGUUCAUACUGAUUUGGUUCGUCAAGGGCCUAACCGAUUACUCCAUUAAUUGAAUUAAUUGAAAGCUUCAGAUUAAUCGACUAAGAAAAUAAUUGUUAGAUGCAGCCCUAAAAUUAAUGUUUGUCUCUAGACCUUAAAAUUCGGUGGCGUUGGUGAGCAAUAACAAGAAAUGUCUGCUGUACGUGCUUGCCGACGGGUGUAACCACCAAGCACUACGCCAUGUAUUGCUUGCGGAACAAAUACAAUCACAUACAAAUUAAUUCCCAACUUUUAUUUAAUGUUUUUUUUUCCCUGGACUGGAUUUUUUUGUAUUCAAUUCGGCCUCCGUCAGCUAAAAUAAACCUGCCAUAAAAUUCAUGGACUGUUCAUGCAUCUGUAAGGGGGUGAACUUAAAAAAAUCAGCCGGGCUUCAAGUGCUUAUUUCCCCCACUGUAUAUAUUAUUUCCAUCCUUCCAUAUGGGAAAACUGAUUCUAUAUACAACACAUCGGCGGUAAAAUUGAAGCUGACGCUGUACCUACAGCACUUUGAUUGUAGCACUUUACUACUAAAUAAUGGUCCUCAACAGAAGUUGAUUUUUUUUUGUCAUAAUGACAAAACCACAUGAAAAAAAUCAAAAUUGAGAACUCUACAAACCCUGAAUAUUGUUUAUGCUAUAUAUACAUGGCAUAUCUAACGAUACAUAUCAUGAUAUACUAUUAAUUAAUCCGUACAGAUGUCAUACAGUUCAGAACGCUACCCAUGUCAGAUAAUAAUAAAACAUAAAAGACAGAACAACUCAAAAUAACAUCUAUUCUGUAAUGAAAGGUGUUGUUUGGUGUCUGGAGUUUCUGAGUACAGGUACUGUGGGUGUGGUAAUACCAGACGGGAAGAACUGGUUUGUCUGCCAUUUAGACAACCACAAUGUCUUCAUUUCCCAAAGCGUGUAAAUGGUGUAAAUAGAACUGCUAACCUGUGAAGUCAUGUGCACCUUUUUUCUGUUGACAUAAAAAACAUCUUGCAAGCAAUAUAACAUUUCAAACAUGUUUCAUCUUAAAACUAACACACACAAACAAUGACUGACAGGGAUGACCUUUAAUAAGUUCAUAUGACAUUUUCUCCCAGACGCUAACCAUUCAUGUGACAUCUAAUAAACGCUACCUAUCAAUUUAUUUAGGGACCAUGUUAUUUACAAGGAUCCCCUGGGUCUAGCAGGGGGUGUCUGUUUGGUGUUUAAUGGCGUUUCAGAAACGUAUUUUCCCUCAGAUUGUCUUGUUCCUCAGCCUCGCACUGAUUGGGGUGACAUUUAAAAAAAAGAAAGCAUAGACAUCUUAAGAAUGUAAAGUGAAAUAUGAAAUGGGAACAAAGAUAUAACUAUACAGUAUAGUAUAUACUGUGCUGCAUAACUGGUAAUCAAACCGGCAGGCUGUAAAGCAGCAACAAUGCCAUCCAGUGUUCACUAACAUAAUUGCCAAUUGAGUGUACUCAUUGACGCUUUGGCGUCCAGUCAUCAGACCAAAAGGCUGCUUUGUAUACCCUCAAAUAUUACGAAAAAUAAUGUGAUGAUGAUGGACAUUAGGAGGAGGUUUUACUGCAGCAAGUGAGUAUGCUAAAUUGUGUCUGUGCUCACAUUUCAAACUGUUGCUGAUAUAAUAUUGUCCACCUUCACACAACCAUUCCAACACAAUGGCUGUAAAAUAAACCAUAUAAAAUAAAACUUAGUAAAAAAUGAGUC